UACCAGGCGCCCAUAACAUCUCGAAGGUUACGCGCCGCCCGCCGCCCGCCGCCUCCACUCGCUGCACACUCGGCAAUGCGCGCGUGUGUGCACAACAGCGUUACAAUUUCAAUUUGUGUUCUGUGAUUUGUGCUUGUGUUUGUGUUUAGAACGCCGAAUCAAAAAUUUAUAAUGGCGCCAUCUAUCGGCGUAGCGGAGUACUACGCUAACAAGACGGUUUUUAUCACCGGCGCAACCGGGUUUAUGGGCAAGGUGAUGAUAGAGAAGAUGCUGAGAUGCUGCCCCGAGGUGAAGAAGAUAUAUAUGCUGAUGCGGCCCAAGAAGGGGCAGGGGACGAAGGAGCGGCUGGAUGAUUUUAUUAAUUGUAGAAUAUUCGACAAAUUGCAAGCGACGUCGCCGGACUGUUUCGACAAGCUGUCAGUGAUCCCAGGUGACAUCCUGCAGGAAGACUUGGGCAUCUCUGAGGAGCACCGAUCGGAGCUACAGGAACAUGUGGAAAUCGUGUUUCACUGCGCUGCCUGUGUUAGAUUCGACAUGUUCAUCCGAGACGCUGUCAAUAUGAAUACAGUGGGAACCAUGAAGGUGCUCAAACUGGUGGAAGGCAUGAAGAAAUUGGAGGUGUUCGAGCACGUAUCCACGUCGUACUGCCGCUGCGAGCUGCACACGCUGCAAGAGAAGCUGUACCCGGCGCGCCACUCGCCGCAGAACGUGGCGCACGCGACGCGUUGGAUGGACGACGAGCUGCUGGCGCACCUGCAGCCCAAACUGAUCGAGCCGCAGCCAAACACAUAUGCGUAUACCAAGAACCUGACCGAAGAUUUGGUGACCCAGUACGAGGGGAAGUUUCCGAUUGUUAUUGCCAGACCCUCCAUUGUGACAGCCGCGUACAAAGAACCUAUACCAGGCUGGGUUGACAAUCUGAAUGGACCCACAGGACUGCUUAUUGGAGCUGGAAAAGGUGUGAUCCGCACAAUGCACUGCAACGAGAACUACCUGGCUGACGUGAUGCCGGUGGACAUGGCGGUCAACGCGUGCCUACUGCUCGCUUAUCUCACUGCUCUUGACAAACCAAAAGAAAUCCGCGUUUGCAACGUGACACAAUCUGGAGUGAAUCCGCUCACUUGGGGACAAGCUUUGGACUUGGGUCGCAUCCACGUGCAGGAGUUCCCAUUCUCCGUGUGCCUGUGGUACCCGGGCGGUUCUGCGAAGAGUUCCCGCGCGGCGCACCGCCUCGCCGCGCUGUUCGCGCACCAGCUGCCCGCCUACGCCGUGGACCUGCUGAUGUUCCUCAUGGGGAAGAAGACUUUCAUGGUAAAAAUCCAGAAACGCGUGAACUACGGUCUAGAAGUGCUCCAGUACUAUACUACUAAAGAGUGGUACUUCGAAAAUGAUUUCUACCGCUCGCUGCCGGAUCGCGUCUCGGAAAUAGACAGGAAAGUCUUUUACACAGACAUGAGACUAGUCGAAUGGAGUCCCUACAUACGCAACUACAUAAAGGGUGCCCGUGAAUUCUGUUGUAAAGAGGACCCCAGCACGUUACCUCAAGCACGCCGCCGGCAAAGACAAUUGUACUACCUGGAUCUUGUAGUGCAAACAUUGGUGUAUGGACUUCUUGCUUACUUCGUAUACUACUAUAUAAUCCGAAUUUUAAUACAAGUAUAGCACACAUGCCAUUUCAAAGUCUCCUUUUGAAGUGCCAGAGAUCUACAAUGUUGCCACCACAAAAAUUUCAAAUAAGAAAAGAUAACUUGACAGGUAUCAAAAGUCACAUGACAGAUGACAUCGUUGUAACAUUCAGGGAAGUUCGACUCAGUUCUAGGGGAUAAAUGAAAAUGGUUUAACGCUAAUAGCUAUGUUUAUGAGCCACAGAUAGUAUUAAGAUGUUAUUUGAUUUUACUGCAUUGUUUGUUAUAUAAUCUAGUGACAGUCAAAAAAUUGUUUAUGUAUACUUUUCGCAAUUUAAGUAAGAACUUCUGCCUUCUCUUAUAUAGAGUGCUACAAAAAUAUUGCAUUUUUAUUAAUUAAUAGCUAAAACUUGCCAUGCUUUACUAUGGCAAAUUAUGAUAGCAAGGAUGAAACAUGAAGAAACGAGUAAAAAACGAUAUUCGUAUUAUCUAAAAUCUAUCAUAUUAAUAUUUGAGCGCAGUUGAUCCAGAACUUAUUGUUUGAAACCUCGACGAUAUAGAUUUUAAAUGGUUUUGUUCAAGUAUCAUGUAAUACAUAUUAACAUUUUUAUGUAUUACAGCGGUAUUAUCUUAUAAUUGUCACUAGGUAGCAUUAUUCUAGUAAUGGUUAAUGUAGCUUCAAUUUUAAUAAUAGGUGUAAAUAUAAAAUUGUAUUUAAUCGAUAGUUUUUUAAUUCUCUAUAAGGUAAUGCAUUUAUAUUUGUUAUGAUAAUAGAUGUCAAUUUCAAAUAUAAUAAUAUAAUAAAUGUUUGUAGACUUGCCUGUGUAUGUUACAAAACUCAGUGUAUCGGUAAAUCUUAAAACACAAGUCAACAGAAAAAUAUUUUAAAACGUAAUGGCUU